AUGGAGGCUCGCUUUGGCAACAUUGUGUUCAGCUCCAAGUUCGACUCGGGUAACUUGGCCCGUGUGGAGAAGGUGAGGUGCGCACCUAACACCUAUAAUGAAAGCACUCCUGCCGGGGGUGCUGCAUCCAACGUCCCUGACUACGAGUUCAACGUGUGGACACAGCCAGACUGUGCUGGUACGGAGUAUGAGAAUGGAAACAGGUCAUGGUUCUACUUCAGCGUGCAUGGUACAGCACCAGGAAAACUGUUAAAGAUCAAUGUGAUGAACAUGAACAACCAGAGGAAGCUCUACAAUCAAGGCAUGGCGCCUCUCGUGAGGACUUUACCCGGAAAGAACAAAUGGGAGAGGAUCCGAGACAGACCCAUCACUGAUAUUGUACACAACCAGUUUCUCCUGUCCUUCACUCAUCAUCUGCUGGAUAUCCGAGGAGCCACUACCUUCUUUGCCUUUUGCUUCCCUUUCUCGUACGUCGAGUGCCAGGAGAUGCUGCAACGCUUGGAUGAGAGUCACCUUGAAGCUGCUGAGAAUGGACCCGCCAGCGCCCCAAGCGCGGUGUACUACAGGCGUGAGCUGCUGUGCCGCUCUCUGGAUGGUAACCGUGUGGACCUUCUCACUGUGACCAACUGCAGCGGCAUACGGGAAGAUCGUGAGCAUCGUCUGCCGCACCUCUUUCCCGACGUGGACAUGCCUCGACCUCAUCGCUUUGAUAACAAAAAAGUGUUCUUCCUGAGCAGCCGCGUGCACCCCGGAGAGACCCCGUCCUCUUUUGUUUUCAAUGGCUUCCUCGACUUCAUCCUGCGGGAAGACGACCCCCGAGCUCACAUGCUCAGAAACAUGUUUGUCUUCAAGCUUAUACCCAUGUUGAACCCGGAUGGCGUCGUCCGAGGCCAUUACAGGACUGACUCUAGAGGCGUGAACCUGAACAGGCAGUACCUGAAUCCCAGCCCUGAGUUGCACCCCUCAAUCUACGCCGCCAAAGCACUGCUUCAAUAUCACCACUUGCACAACCGCACAACGCAAAAGAAUGAGCAACGCAGCGUGCCCCUCACCCAAGCCCAGUCUCCUGACGUCCAAGUCCCUCAUCCUCACACCGAAUCAGCAGAUAAGCAUGAAAAUCCUGCUCUCACCCCUCUUGAAGUGAGCCUAAAUCAGCGCAACAUGGCAAAGGACGUCAUGGUAACAGAAGAAAAUGGCUGGACGGCGAAGGACGGCAUCAGUAGCUCGUCCAGCCCCUCCGAAAUUCCCGUAGCUACUGUUCCACCGCCAGAUGGGCCACCUCAGCUUCUGCAAGACAGAACAUUAACACUACCACAGGCAAAAGAAGAAGAGCAAGAAUCCAUUCCAACAAAGGAGGGAGGCGUUGCCUACUAUGUGGACUUGCACGGCCACGCCUCCAAGAGGGGCUGCUUCAUGUACGGAAACAAUCUACCUAAUGAGAGCCAGCAGGUGGAGAACAUGCUGUACCCGAGGCUGAUCGCCAUCAACUCGCAACACUUUGACUUCAUGGGUUGCAACUUCUCAGAGAAGAAUAUGUACGCGCGGGACAAGCGCGACGGUCAGUCAAAGGAAGGCAGCGGACGGGUCGCCAUUCACAAAGCCAUCGGAAUCCUGCACAGCUACACAUUAGAGUGUAACUACAAUACCGGAAAGGCUUUGAACCCCAUUCCAGCGGCGUGCCACGACAACGGGCGGGCGACGCCCCCACUCAUGCCGACGUUCCCGCUCAAAUACACACCAGAAAUCUUCGAACAGGUGGGGCGUGCCGUGGCUGUCUCAGCACUGGACAUGGCCGAGUGCAACCCGUGGCCACGCCUGAUUCUGUCUGAGCACAGCUGCCUGGGCAACUUGCGAGCGUGGGUUCUCAAGCAUGUCCGCAGCACCAAGGCCCUGAGUGCACACCUCAAUACCCAACCGCCGGCCAGGGCACAGAGUGGCAAAGCGUCACCACCCAAGACCUUCCUCACUGGUCUGAGCGGCACGCCACCCGAGGGAGCCUUCAGCCGGAUGCGCUGCAAUAGCCAGAGCAGCAGCAGCCUAACACCCUCACCUAAGAUGUCCAACUCACCCAGCUUUACCUUUGGGUGCUCGCGGGCGCAUUCGCAGAACAACGGGGGCGGUCGAGGCGGAGGCAACAAAUCUGCUGGGCCAUUGCGAGACUCCAAAACUGCAGAGAAGAAACGCCCGCCUGCUCACCAUCACCACCGUGCCGUCCUGCGUCCCCCCGGCAACAGCCACGCACCCAUACACAACUUUCCCCCUCCCUCACCUCCCCGUUCCUCCUCUUCCUCUUCGUCGUCUGUGUGCGCAGCAGUGGCGGUCUCCUCGAGCAUGGCAGGCCUGGGCUGUGCAGACAUAAAGGCAAGUGUGGCGGCAGCCAGGUCCAAACCAGCUUUACCCGCACGUGCCGGUCGAAGUGGAAGAGGAAACCGAAACGUCGGCCAUCGCACCAUUACCGGGACUACUAAAGACAGCGGGCCUGAGCACAUCCUGGCCUCGGUCAAAUUUAGCAAGUGCGAGCUACAGCCGCACAUGGGCGUACGCGUUAGAAAGACUGGGACAUCUGACGGUCCCACGGCACGUCUCGUCAAAAGCCGCCCCAUAAUAAAAAUUCAAGCAGCUGACGAUGAGCGAAGCAAGCAGCAGACAUGUAAAUCCCUCAAAACCACCGCCAGAACCCAUGUUGUGAAAUGA